GUUUGGUUUGGUUCGGUUCGGUUCGGUUCGAUUUGGUUACGGUUGAAGUGUAAACGCUUCUUCGUUACAAAUCCAUUCUCCCCAAACAAUCAAAUCACCCUCCCUUGUACUUGAUCAGUUGAUCCCUUCAUCAUUCUGGUAAUCACAUCUCAAUAUGUGAUCUAACAUUCAAACCCUAAACCGAACCAGAACCCAACACAACACAACAAUGGCUCGAAGAACCCACUUAACAGAUCUCGGAACCAUAGCCAACCUCGAUCUAACCGAACUGGGUGCAGGAAAAGAAGGCUGGCUCGAUAACCCAAAUCUUUUAUGCGCUUUCGACACAGAUUCUCUCGCAAUCGCCAACCGUUACUUCCUCCUUGUUCUCGAGUGGUCUCACGCUUCCGCCCCUGCUUCUUUUCGGGUCAAGAUCCGACCCAAUCUGUCCCCGAUUGAAGCAGAGUAUGUGUCUGCUCUUGAGUGGUUGGUGUUUGAUGAUAUUAGAGUUAUUGCUGUUGGAACAUCUUGUGGGUACUUGUUGAUUUACUCACUUGGUGGCGAUCUUAUUCACAAACAGCUUGUAUAUCCAGGAAAGAUUCUACGGUUAAGAGUGCGUGGGACCAAGCGAGAUAUUACAGAAGACACAUCAUCAUCUGAGGAAGUGUGUGUCGUUAUACCAGGCAUAAUUGCACGUUUUGAUGGAUCUGACAUUCAGAAGGUACUGCAGAAAUGGUAUCAAGAAACUCAAAAUCGGUUUUGGAAUCAAUCAUCAGGAGAUAAAGGCUCAGAAGAAUACGAAGUUUCAUCCUCCCUUAUUCCUUACCAAUGUUGGAAUGUUAAUAAAUACGGUUCGUGUGUUGAUGCUGCAGUUACUGGUGUCAUGCCACCACCUCUUCUGGAACUACAGUCAAGUGAUCGAUAUUAUUGUGCUGUUACUAUUGGAGCUGAUGCCGCAAUUUCAGCCUUCAGGCUUUCUGAAGAUCGAAGCAGAUCCUUUGUUGGAGCCCUUUUAUCAAAGGUUGUACCUGCAACAUUUUCAACCAUAGCUUCUUUCUCCAAAUUGGUAUGGAGGACCCAACAAUCGACAAAAAAGCCCGAACCAAAACCCCAACCAUUUGCUCGAGCUUUACCCCUUACAUGUUUGAAAGAUCACCCUAGAAAGGGAGAGAAACUAACCUUAUCCCCUAGCGGGACUUUAGCGGCAAUAACAGAUUCCCUAGGUCGUAUUAUGCUAUUAGACACUCGUGCCCUUGUGGUCGUACGCUUAUGGAAGGGAUAUCGGGAUGCUAGCUGUCUUUUUGUUGAACGGCUUGUAAAUAAAGAUUCUCGUGAACAUGUAAAGAAUGAUUACUGCUUAUGUCUCGCCAUUCACGCCCCUCGAAAGGGCAUUGUUGAGAUUUGGCAGAUGAGGACUGGCCCGAGGAUAUUGACGGUACCAUGCCCGAAAGGAAGUAGAAUACUGCAACCGACGUACAGAUUCGGAUCGACUUUAGCUGCAUCAUCUUCAAGUUCUUAUAAACCUUUGGAAGUUUUCUUUCUGAAUGGUGAUUCUGGUCAACUUUCAAGAUUAAAUUGAUGUGUUAUUUUUUCAGUUUUUUGUUUUGUUUCCUAGUAAAUUAAUACACCUUUAUAUUUGUGCAAUUUUGAUGGAAAUUGGAAAGUCACCUUUAUAUCUGGCCA